ACUCCUUUUUUUGUGGAUGUCUGCCCUGUUGUAAAAGGGAUUAGGCGAACCUGAACCCUGAACCACCACCAAGGCCAGCUCAAACCCGUCCAUGCCUAGCUCUACCUGUAGUUUCAAUUCAGCAACACUGAGCUGUUUUUUUUUUUCUUCAUGUAAGAUGGCGUUUUGGUUGCAAAUUGUGUAAUUCCCUGCGGCGUCUGUUUCGUUGUGUUUUUGUGGAGACUACCGAAAGCAGGUCGUACCAGCAUGUCAGAUGAUCACAGCAUCAACUUGAGCGAUGAAGAGGACGAUUUUGAGCAGUCGUCGAGCCCGUCAGAACUACACGGAACACUCUGCAAAUGGACAAAUUACAUACACGGCUGGCAGGACCGCUAUAUUGUGCUUAAAGACGGCACUUUGUCAUACUACAAGUCUGAAAACGAUACUGCCUUUGGUUGUCGGGGAGCCAUCAGCAUUUACAAAGCCACCGUCAAGCCUCACGAGUUUGACGAAUGUCGAUUUGAUGUGAGCGUCAAUGACUGCGUCUGGUACCUGCGGACCGAUGUGCCCGAGGAACGAAACCGCUGGGUCGAAACACUCGAGACAUACAAGGUGGACUCCGCAUAUGGCAGUGAAAACAGUUUACGAAGACAUGGUUCCGCACUUUCACUGGGUUCCACAAGUGUGUCAUCACUGAAGAAAGGACGUGGACUACGAGAGAAACUCCUGGAAAUGGAAACGUUCCGUGACAUACUCUGUCGCCAAGUAGACACCCUGCAGGUCUAUUUUGAUGCCUGCGCUGCUUCUUCUGCAGAAAAUGUGGAAGACUGUUCUUCGGAUGAGCAAGCAACGGAAAGUGGUGGUCAUGUUACAGACAUACUCUCUUCAAGGUUCAAGUCAAUGGCUGCGGGGCUGAGUAGCGGAGGUCAUGCCAUCGACUUCAAGGGCGAAGCCAUCACGUUCAAGGCUACCACCGCUGGCAUACUUGCAACUUUGUCGCACUGUAUAGACCUCAUGGCACAGCGAGAGGACGCCUGGAAAAGGAGGCUGGAAAGGGAAGUGGACAAGCGGAAAAAAGUAGAAGAUGCAUACAAGCAUGCCAUGUCCGAGGCACAGCCACCAGUAGUGCUCGGGGGACCAGACUACGAGGAAGGGCCACACAGCAUGAUAAACGAGGAGGAGUUUUUUGAUGCCAUUGACGCUGCACUUGAUCGCAAUGAACAGCAGGAAGAGGAAAGGCGUCAAAUCAAGAACAAGGUGAGGGAGCUCUUGCGGCCACCCUCAACGGUGACUCAGCACCCACUCUGGAACGAGAUUGAGGGCACAACACUGGAACAGCUGAGGUAUGCCCUCAUGGGUGUGGGUGAGGGUGGCUGGCAGCUGUUUGCGGAAGAUGGAGAGAUGAAGAUGUACAAAAGGGAAGUGGAAGAAGGUGGAGUUGUGUGUGACCCCCUGAAGGCAGUGCAUGUCGUACGAGGAGUCACAGGGCAUGAGAUGUGCCACUAUUUUUAUAAUCCAGAUGUGAGAUUUGAUUGGGAAACAACCUUGGAAACAAUGAAUGUGGUGGAAGUGCUGGAGCCAUCGACAGUCAUAGUGCACCAGAUCCAUAAGCGGGUGUGGCCAGCUACACAGAGGGAUGCCCUCUUCUGGUCCCACAUGGAACGUAUGCCCAAUGCUCAGGAUCCAGAUGCCCAUGACAUUUGGAUUGUCUGCAACAACUCGUGUGAUGCCCCAGAGGUCCCUGUAGGCAAGUGUGUGCGUGUCCGGCUCACGGUGUGUCUCAUGUGCCAGACGUUUGUUGAUCCCCCACAGCCCAACAGCAAAAUUACUAGGGAUAACCUAUCCUGUAGGAUCACCUACUGUUCAACUAUUAAUCCUGGAGGGUGGGCCCCAGCAUCUGUCCUCCGUGCCGUCUACAAGAGAGAGUACCCAAAGUUCCUCAAGCGUUUCACCCAGUAUGUCAAAGAUCAGACAGAAAGCAAGGACAUCAUGUUCUAGAAUGCCUCCACAGUCAUUUUAAAGGGAACCUUCUGUGGUACACUCAUGAUGACACGCAAGUUCUUCCAAGAUGUGUGGAACAAAAUGGUGAUUAAGUUGGUCUGUACAUAUAACAUCCAGCUGUUCUUCCGCAUUGUUGACGACUGAUAUUUAAUGUGUUCAUACACCGCACUGAAAGUCAAUUUGAUUCAAGGGCAAACAAAAGUAUUUACAUCACCCAUGUGAUAUUAUUGCACUGUGUUGACUGCCAGUAAGUGUUUGUGAAUCAGUUAAUACCAGGAGGGGUUCACCAAAGGGAAAAAAAAAACUAUUUGCAGCUGCUUUAUAUUGAACCUGUUUUCCUAAUACUCUGUAUUAUGAUUUUCAAACUUUUUGAAACUAAACUAGUCAGAGUUGCUCAUGAAAGACAAACUGCACCUUCUGUUACAUUUAUCGUUUGUAAAUAUCUCUCAGAAAUCAAAGUGAGUGGUGCUUUCCUUCUUUAAAUGGUUUCAUUAGUGUUCCUUACACGACUUGAAUCUCGAUUUUUAUCUUUCAUAAGUACAACAGGGUGUCUACCAAAUUCCCUAACUUUUCCAGGUUUUCACUGCCAAUUUCAGGCAAAUUCCCUGACAAAAACAAAAGAGAACUUGGUGCCUGCUCCUACAUUUUGAUACAGAUCCCCCAUAAAACGGACCAUUUAUUAAGUAUAUUAGUGAGGCUACCCUACAUUUCUACCUCAGAGCUUGUCGCCACAGGUCGCACUUGUCUGCGAUUUUCCCUGACAAUCCCCUGACUUUUCCAGGUUGGUAGACACCCUGUACAAGCUUUAAAUGAAGCAAAAUACUGAUGGAAUUUGAGAUUUGGUAACUUGGUGCAUUCUAAAGGUGCAUUCUAAAUGCUGAGUAUUUUGCCUAGCUGAAUGGAAUUUUAAGCUUUAACUUACCAAAAAGUAAUUUAGUAUUCCGAUUUGUUUUUAAUUACGGUGAAAAAAUAAGCGUUUUUUUUUUUUUUUUUUUUAGUUUAACUCCCAAAAUCUUGCACAAAUGCGUGAAUUAAAGAAAGGUGGAGUCGAUAUUGCAAAUCUUUGAAAUGCUGCCAAAUUAUUUUGAUACUAGUUAUGGCAAAAGUCUCCAUGGAGGUGUACAUUACUAAAACUUUCAAACUCAACCAGCAUCAUAUUCUCAGACCUGUAGGUUUCAAAUAUCUGCUGUUUAUUAUGUGAUAAUGAUAGGAGACAUCCAAAAUCUUUGUAAAAUAACUUGUUCCUCUUGCAAGUUAAAUCCAACUUAGAAGGGCUGGCAAAUGGUUACAAGUUCAUUGUGUAUGUUCAGCAUCGGUAGUGUAGCAGAUUUUAUUAAUUUUAGUGCAGGUUGCUGACACUUUGAGAGGGCAAAAAAAAAAAAAAGCCACUUAGAGAGGUGCACGAUAGUUUUGUGGAAAAAAAGAACACCUCAUGGCCUUUGAAAUCCUUUUAUACUUUCAAGCUUUUUUCUACGGCAAAAGAAAAGGAAAUUGUCUAACCUCGUAUGUUGAAUGUGCUUUUGUAAGAAAAGUUAUGUGCAAGAAUAACUAUAUAAUCGUUU